UAGCGAGCACUAUAUAUUCAUAGCCAUUGCCACACUUUUUUCCAACGAAAACAACAUGGCAUCAUCCUCAAGGUUCCUCAAAACCUCUCUGUCUUUUAUGUUCCUCUUCCUCAUCUCCAUUUCACCCUCCUUCUCCACAAGCAAUCACCUUCGUUUUUCUUCAACAGCAGAAAAACUCAUAAGAGGCCUUAACCUCUUUCCAAAAGAUCCUAUUAACACUGUCGAGAAUGACCCUCAUCUUGUCUCGGGAAACAUUGUGGAGAAGAGGUUCACUUUCCCAAGUCUUGCUGCUCCAGGAUCUUCUGUUGAGGAACUUGGCCACCAUGCAGGCUAUUAUCGCCUUCCUCGUUCCAAAGCUGCAAGGAUGUUCUACUUCUUCUUUGAAUCUCGAAGCAGUAAGGAUGAUCCCGUUGUCAUAUGGUUGACUGGAGGACCAGGAUGCAGCAGCGAACUAGCUUUGUUUUACGAAAAUGGUCCUUUUCAGUUAACCAAUAACUUGUCUCUUGUGUGGAAUGAGAAUGGCUGGGACAAGGCAUCAAAUAUUAUAUUUGUAGACCAACCCACUGGGACGGGGUUCAGCUAUACUUCUGAUGACAGUGACAUUCGCCAUGAUGAAGAGGGUGUUAGCAAUGAUUUGUAUGACUUCUUGCAGGCAUUUUUCAAGGAGCACCCUCAAUUCACUAAGAAUGACUUUUUUAUCACUGGAGAGUCGUAUGCUGGACACUACAUUCCAGCUCUUGCAUCCAGGGUUCACCAAGGAAACAAAGCAAAAGAAGGAAUUCAUAUAAAUCUGAAGGGUUUUGCUAUUGGUAAUGGAUUAACCAACCCUGAAAUUCAGUACCAGGCAUAUACAGACUUUGCAUUAGACAGGGGACUAAUUAAAAAGACUGAUUAUGACAGUAUCAACAAGUUGGUCCCAUCUUGUCAGAAGGCCAUAAAAACUUGCGGUAUCGAAGGUGGAGAAACAUGCACAUCUUCGUUAUACGUUUGCAAUGACAUAUUCAAUCGGAUCAUGUCCAUAGCUGGCGAUGUUAAUUACUAUGACAUUAGAAAGAAAUGUGAGGGAGAUCUGUGCUAUGACUUCUCUAACAUGGAGGAUUUCUUAAACGAAAAGACAGUGAGAGAUGCUUUAGGUGUUGGGAACUUGGACUUUGUUUCAUGCAGUAGCACAGUGUAUAGUGCUAUGAUGCAAGACUGGAUGAGAAAUCUGGAAGUGGGUAUUCCCGCACUACUUGAGGAUGGAAUCAAGGUGCUUGUGUAUGCUGGUGAAGAAGAUCUCAUAUGUAAUUGGCUAGGGAAUUCAAGGUGGGUUCAAGCAAUGGAGUGGUCAGGUCAAAAAGAGUUUGGGGCGUCUCGUGCAGUCCCAUUUUUGGUUGAUGGUGCAGAAGCAGGAACACUGAAAAGCCAUGGACCUCUCGCUUUCCUCAAGGUGUAUGAAGCUGGUCACAUGGUACCUAUGGAUCAACCAAAAGCUGCCCUUCAGAUGCUAAGAAGCUGGACGCAAGGGAAACUGACAAUGACAAAGAGUGGAGAUAAUGUCUCUCCUAAAUAAUCCAUCCACUCAGCACAAAAGCAAAAGCAAAACCAGCCCCCUGUUGCAUAGAUAUUGAUGACAUUUCCUCGUGUAUAUUGGGAGGGUGGAACAUAUAUAUUUCUUUUUUCUAGUCUUUUUCUCUUACUCAUGAAACUGUGCAUUGAAGGAUCCGGAAUAAAUCAUCUAACCUUGUAGCCAAAUUUGUGCACAACAUUAUUAUAUUUCAUUUUAUUCAAGCAAA